ACGUCGCUCUCCCGCUUCCGCCUCGAUGGUGGCCGCUUCCCGCUAGAGAGGCCGUUCUCUGCGGGCCCCGGGGCAUGCCGGGAUGGGGCCGCCUCUCGUUGACCUCCGCCGAGCAGUCAUGGCGGCGCCGCCGGUCCUCGUCCUCCUCUUCCUCCACCUCCUGGUGAUGGCGGCGGGAGGAGGCGGCGGCGCGGCGCCCGCCUGGGACCCGGCCGGUUACCUGCUCUACUGUCCCUGCAUGGGCCGGUUCGGGAACCAGGCCGAACACUUCUUGGGAGCCCUGGCCUUCGCCCGCGAUCUCAACCGGACCCUGGCCGUGCCGCCGUGGAUCGAGUACCGCCACCAUCGUCCGCCCUACACCAACCUGCACGUCCCCUACACGGAGCACUUCAAGCUGGAGCCGCUCCUGCGGUAUCACCGCGUUAUCAGCUUGGAGGACUUCAUGGAGAAGCUGGCACCCGUUCACUGGCCUCCUGGCAAGCGAGUGGCUUACUGCUUCGAAGCGGCGGCUCAGAGAAGUGCUGACAAAAGCACUUGUCCCAUGAAGGACGGAAAUCCAUUUGGUCCCUUCUGGGAUCAGUUCCAAGUGAAUUUUGACAAGUCUGAGCUCUUCAAGGGAAUCUCCUUCAGUUCUGCGUACAAGGACCACUGGAUUCAAAGGUUUUCACCCUCUGAGCACCCUGUACUCGCCUUACCUGGAGCUCCAGCCCAGUUUCCAGUCUUAGAGGAGCACCGGCCCCUCCAUAAGUAUAUCGUGUGGUCUGAUGAAAUGGUGAAGAAAGGAGAAGCCUAUAUUCAUUCUCUGCUGGUCAGGCCCUACGUAGGAAUUCAUCUGAGGAUCGGCUCAGACUGGAAAAAUGCUUGCAAUAUGUUAAAGGACGGGACGGCUGGGCCGCACUUCAUGGCUUCACCUCAGUGCGUGGGCUAUGACCGAAGCGCUGCGGUCCCUCUUACCAUGGACAUGUGCCUGCCAGACCUCAAAGAGAUCAAGCGUGCUCUCAAGCUCUGGGUGGAAAAGACAGAAGCUAAAUCUGUUUAUAUCGCUACUGAUUCUGAGCCCUACACGACAGAAAUACAGCAGUUCUUCCAAGGAAAGGUCAAGGUUGUAAGCUUGCAGCCGGAAGUGCCUCAGAUUGAUUUGUAUGUUCUUGGCCAGUCUGAUCAUUUUAUUGGGAACUGUGUCUCUUCGUUUACUGCCUUUGUGAAAAGAGAGCGCGACGUGCAUGGAAGACCCUCUUCGUUUUUUGGCAUGGACCACCCACCAAGAUUACGGGAUGAAUUCUGACCAAAAGAGGAGCUGGCUCCAUAGUUCUCAGGGCUCUGAGCUUGGUAUCUUGCUGAGAGACUGCUUGGUGCUAAUGUCAUUCUGCGUGCAGAGCACGCUGCCAGGCUGCUGCAGACCUGCUUCAGCCCUGUGAUACCCCUCACAGUCGCUUCUAGAUUGUUCUGUCUGACUUCUCCUGUAUUUCCAGCAUGAGGUCAGACAGAAAAGAAGUUUUAAAUCAUGUAGUUUAUAGGAAACUAUAAACUAUAUAUAAUUUUUAAGACAUAGCUUAUAUAGCUCUCCAUUCUCACUAUUUGGGGUCCACCAGCAAUCAUGAUGAAGCAGCUGCUCAGAUUUCCUCUUCAUUUUUUUUUUUUUCUGUUAAAUUUAAGUUUUACCUGGAGAUGUUGUGAAGCUUCUUGUCCAAAACUGACCAUAAGUUCUUUUUAAGUGCAAAGUAUUGCCAGGAAUAUCACAGUCCCUGGAAAGGGAGUGCAAGGUAAAGCUCAGGACUGGAAAUUAGCCCUGGGUUUUAUUGAGUACCGCUGUUGCCUUACUAGAGCUGUGUCACCUCAGUGCCUCGGUUUCCAUUCCCUCGUCAAAAGUGAUUUCACGCCUGCUUCGCAGCGGUGCCAUGGGGCACCUGGAUCUCUUCAGUGGUGCUAGAGAAGUGCAGGGACGGGGGGCGUGUUUUAAUGUGGCAGCUGCCUCUUCAGCCCAUCUUUGUGUGGAACUGGGGAGAAGGCGUUUGCAGGAAGACAGGCGGGAGAUCUUUCAUAGCCAGUUGAGAGUUGGAGAUUUAGGGCUCGUAGCUUUGUAGCUGUUGAUGUCAGGUGGAGGUCUGUGGUAGGAAUGAAACUGGCUUUGAGCAAAGACUUUUAAAGUAGCCAUAGUGGGGUUGGUGUAUGUUGUACCUAGGUCUGUGUUAAUAGUUUCUCAUUUUUGUCUAUUUUCGUACCUUGUAAAAUAACCCCUCUGACAAUAGAACCCUUGUCUGGGGCUUAGUUCCAGGGGAGAUAGCUGUGGGAAGUGUUCACUUAUGGUGAAACAGCCGCCCAAAAAAUGUUCAUUUGGCCCAGUACGGUUUAGUGCCAGUAACGCUGAUAAUCCCGACGUGGUGAGACUCAACUUGAGCAGUGCCUUUUGGUAUUCUUGUGACUUUAUUUUUUUGUCCAAAGACUGAGUACAGAACCCGCUGUUCCUUUUUUAAAAAUGCCACUUAGGUGAAGCUGUGGUAUCAGGGCUGGCUGCCUCUAGUGCACUACUAAAGAAUGCUGUCUCGGCGUGUUUACGGGGCUUUAAAUGUCUUUUUGGUGGUGGGUUUUUUUCCUCCUUGGAAAUGUUCCUGAGCUUUGAAGGAGUUUGAAGGCUCAAGAGAGGGCUAAAUGAGAAGGUCCACCAAAUGUCAGGGUGGCAAAGACUCGUCUCGUUUCCUCAGUGCUGGCUUCCAGAAAUUGGGGGGUUUGGUGGUUUCAGGCCCUCUGGCUGGGUGCCUGGACGCUGCCCGGCAUUUCACUCGGCUUCGUGAUCUUGGAUGAUGCCGCCUCAUUAUGGAGCAGGGGCAGCCUUUCUGCAUCGUCUAUGGGAAGACGAUGUAUU